GUUUCAGUAAGUGACGCAUCUUUGAUUUGCUCAAUGUUGUAAAUUAUUGUCCUUAUUGUAAGCAAACCCAGCCCCUUUUUGAUUAAAGUUAACAUAACUUUGUUUUAUUACAUUAACGUUGAAGAGGUUUGCGCUUUUAAUGGUCCAUGGUGUUGUGUAAAUUUAGCUUUAUAAAUUUCUGAUCUAGUUAUAUCGUAACCGGCUAACGAAUAAGAUGUGGAAAGCUGCGACUGACGUGACAGCUCCGGCUCUGGCAGAAGCAGAUGACUGGGAGACAGAUCCUGACUUUGUUAAUGAUGUGACAGAACAAGAACAACGGUGGGGUCCUGGGGGAAGACAUGUAGAGGCUAUUGACAUGGCUAAGCUCAGGGAGGAGGUGUUUGAAGCAGAUAAGCAAGCGAAACAGAAACAAUACGAAGAUGGUCCAAAAUCAUCAUAUGGAUAUGGAGGUAAAUUUGGCGUCCAGCAAGACAGAAUGGACAAGUCGGCCGUCGGUCACGAUUACGUCGGCAAAACGGAGAAACACGUUUCGCAGAAAGAUUACGCACAAGGUUUCGGUGGUAAAUUUGGUGUGCAGACGGAUAGAAUGGACGCCAGUGCCGUGGGACACGAUUACGUCGGUAAAGUUGAGAAGCACGCGUCGCAGUCGGACUACGCGAAGGGCUUCGGCGGGAAGUUCGGCGUGCAGGCGGACCGGGUCGACAAAAGCGCGGCGGGCUGGGAGCACAAGGAGCAGGUGGAGAAGCACCCGUCGCAGAAGGACUACUCGGUGGGCUUCGGCGGGAAGUUCGGCGUGCAGGCCGACCGCCAGGACGCCUGCGCCGCCGGCUGGGACCACCGCGAGCCCGCCGCCGCGCACCGCUCGCAGACCGACCACUCGGUGGGGUUCGGCGGCAAGUUCGGCGUGCAGAGCGACCGGCAGGACGCCAGCGCGCUGGGCUGGGACGAGCGGGCCGCGCCGCGCGCGCACGCCAGCCAGACCGACCACAAGCGGGGCUUCGGCGGUAAGUUCGGCGUCGAGACCGACCGGGUGGACAAGUGCGCGCACGGCUUCGACGAAGUGGAGAAAGUCGGCACCGCGUACGCCAAGCAGCGCCCGGACAUCGGGGCCGCGAAACCUUCGUCGAUCCGCGCCAAGUUUGAGAACAUGGCAAAGGAGAAGGAGCAGGAGGCGCUACAAUCGGUUCAACGGAUACGACAAGAGAGGCAGCAGUUGGACAAAAGUCUCUCGGAGAAGGAAAAAGAACGCGUGGCGAAAGAAACAGACGAACCGGAGGAACAAACGAGCGCAACAGGAAACGCAACAAUCACACCGACAAAGGCAACAACCAUACCGACAAACGCAACAAAAGUCAUGCCGACAAACACGAAGGCAAUCACAACUACAAACGCACCCGCAGACAAGAAGACUGAAGAACAAGUCAUCGUGCCGUCGACAGCAGUAGAACCAAAUAUCCAACCAGCGGAAGUGAAGCAGGUCAACUUACCGGAUGUCACUUUAGUCGGAGAACCGAAAGAAGAAGAAAUUAAGGAGAAAGAAGAAGGCGCGCGGCAGCCCACCAUCGUGGUGUCGCCGGUGGGCUGGGAGGGGGAGGCGGAGGCGGAGGGGGAGGACGAGGACGGCUACACGGCGCGCGCGCUGUACGACUACCAGGCCGCCGCCGCCGACGAGAUCUCCUUCGACCCCGACGACCUCAUCACCAACAUCGUCAUGAUCGACGAAGGUUGGUGGCAAGGGUUGUGUAAGGGCGCGUACGGACUGUUCCCCGCCAACUACGUACAGCUGCAGGACAAGUAACUUCAUUCGUUCACAUUCCUUUCAUUCGACUGUAUAAAUAUAUUAUACGUUCACGAUUUGUUUAUAAUUUUGUCUUAAUAAUCAGGUUUUCGUCAUCAAUUUUUUUUUAAUCGAGUCAUAUUAACAUCACGUGAUUAUGAAUUUUAGUUCGACAUACGUUUAAACUAUUUCAUAUUUAAAUCGAUUUCUAAAAUAUGUGUUGAAAUUAAAUAGUUAAUGAAUGUAGAAAUAUUAAGACUAAGGAUUAUGAAAAAUAAUAUGAAAUAUGCUAAUGCGAUGUUGAACAAGAUCAAAUAUAUUGAGAUUGAUAUUCGUUUUAAUGUAACUUAGCCCGGUUUCUAUAUUUAACGAACGUUUAUCGCACAUAAGUAAUCGUUUUUUAAUUAUUGAGGACAUAACGUUGCUUAUAGAUAAUUAUACCAUCGGUGAGCAAAACGAAUCGUUUGUUAUGUUAACCAGACGUUAGUCGAUUCAACCGAAAUUAAUUAGAAAAUAUUCUUAAUAAGACAUACAUUUUGAAAAUGGACUAUAAUGAUAUAUGAAUAGGAGCGAUAUUUCUUUGCAUUAAUGAGUGUAUUUAACGAUAAUUCUUAUUGCUUUUCUCUUUCAAGCUAACGUUGUUUUAACUGAUGUAAUAUCAAAGGAUCCUUUUUUUUAAUAGUGUUCUCUAUAUUAUACAUUUUUAGAAGAAAAAAACUUAGAAUAUACAUAAUAUAGUAAACAAGGUUUACAGGUUUUAUUGUAUAUUUAUAUUCUUAGCUUUUUAUUAUCUAUAUAAUAUUGUGAAUUGAUGUCACACUUACAUCAAGGUAUGGUCUUUACACAUAUAUAUUCGACAAUAUAUAUAUAUAUAUAUAUAUAUAUUUAUCUAUUUAUCUUGGCAAUAUAGUAAAAUUUUGUAUUACUUUAAUCAGUCAUUAGAUUUUAUUAAUGCGACUAAAUACUGAACGCUUAUUGGUCGGUUAUCGCGUCAUAAGUGUCGUUCACCAAUCAACGUUCAGAUAUCGGCAUUGUAAAGCCAAAAAUAAACAAAAAGAAAUUUCAUUAAUAUGGAUCUUCUAAACGCUCAUUGGUCGCCUGUUACGUGAUCAGCUACAUACAUACCUCCUUGUACAUACAAAGUAUGUAUAUAUAUAUAACGGCAGGUUUAUUAAGGAAGGAUUUCCUAUGAGCAUAAUUUUAUCAAUGCAAUUUAGUAUUUCCUCAAACGUCAGUUUCUGAAAUUAUGUUCGAAAUUCGAUUUAAUUAUCUGACUAAAUACUAAACGCUGAUUGGUCGGCUGACGAGUUAUCAUCCACCAAUCACCAUUAAGAUUAAAUUCAAAUUAUUCUAACUUUGAAUUUGAAUCAGAAAAUGGACGUACGUAUAGACGAUAUUAGAAGAAGCUAGUCUUGUAGUAUGUUGAUGACAUUUUAAUAUAAAACGAAAAAUAGAAUCUUAUCGCAGGCGUAGAUGAAAAUUAUUUUUCUAGAUAUUAUAUUUUCUAGAUACAUUUUAAUGUAUAUGAUAUGAUAAAAUUAAAAAUGUAAUUAUUUUUAAAAUAUACUAACGUGAAUAGGACAAGAAAAUUUAUACGCAUACUGGAAAUGUUAAUGCAUUAUACCUUAUAUCUUGUUGUCUUCGAAAAUAGUUUAAUUAAAAUCGAAUUAUUAAUAAUGACAUAAAAUGAUUGAAAAACUUAUUUCUACCAAUAUAUAGAUCCUUUCUUUAAUAUCUUGUCAUUUAUUUGACGUCAUCUUGGAUUUAGAACGAACGCUCAAUGCCAAUAGCUUAAAACUUAGAAGUACGCUUAACAAGUCUAAAAAACUAUUUCAUACACGCAUCGUUUUAGAUGAAUGAAUUAUUUCGAUUUAAUGUGUUCAAUGGCAUAAUUCGUUCAUUCAUUGCUAAUGUUAGCCAAAAAAUAAAAUGUUGAAUUCAAGAAAUAAAUAUUCGUAAGUCGUUCAUUCAUCAUUCAUGUUAUUAGACAAAUUAUAAACAAAAAAAUCUUUUCGUUCAUUCAUUCAUUUAUAGAUAAAUUAAUUAAUAUCGUAUGCUUUUAGAUAAACAAAUUAGUGUUGUGAAUAUACUGCCUGUAUAUAGUAAAGCAUUUCUUAAAUGAAUAAAUGUAUUCUAAACUAUAUUUUAACGAAGAAUAAGGUAACAUUUAAAGAGGUUUUAUUAUACUAAUGAAAAAAUCGAAUAAUAAUUUUUCUAUAUAUAUUUUUUUUGUAAUUAUAAAUAAAGCUAAAAUGUCUUGAUAUUAAUAACAGAAACUUAGGAAUUGUAAUGAAUACAAUAAAUUUCAUCAUUUUGAUUUAUAUCAUUCCUUUAAUUAUUAAGUUGUAUAAUCUGUUUCAAUAUAAUAAUAAAAAAAAAACAAUAUUUCUAACAAAUUAUAUAUAAAAAUCAAUCAAAUCAUACAUAUAAACAUUAAAUUUAUAUACAACCCGUGCUUAUAUAUAAAAAAUAUUGCUAUAAAUACCAGAUAAAUAAAUAAAGUUUUCUUUAAAGGAAAAAUGUACUUUGAUUUUUUUAUAUAUUUAUUUUUGAAACAGAUUAUAUAUUUCUAUUUAUAAAUAGUUUUUUUUUUGACAUUUCUGUAUAUUCGAUUUUUAGAAUAAGCGAAUAUCGUUAAAGCUAACGACACAUAUGAUGACAUGUAACCUCAAUGUAUGGAAUUAACGAUGAGUGUAUUGCCUAAUUGUAAGUAUUUUAUGAACAAAUUAUUCUAUUGUGAAAGUUAAGGAUGUUUUAAACAUUUUAUAUAAUAUAAAUUAAUUAAUAAAAUGUUUCAAUUUA